CUCUCUCUCUCUCUCUCUCUCUCUUUCAAAAGCAAAAUCCCUAAAUACCCAAAACAAGACACGGAGAUUCAGAGGAAUCUUACCCACAGCUUCUCAGCACAAAGUACAGAGUCUUUCUUCUCUAAUAUCCCAUGCAUUGCUCAAUUUCUUUAUGAUAGAGAGUGAAGAAUAACAUGAGUGAUCCUUGGUUUCUGGAUGAAAAUUUUGAUGGCGUCCCAGAUGAGUUCUUUGAUGAUUUUAUGGCACAUUUUGAUUUCCCACUGGAAGAUGUCGAUCCCGGGGUAGAUUGGAAUGCAAACUUUCAGAGCCUUGAGCCACCACCCUUGAGUGUUUUGUCUGAUUUAUCAGCGGUGACAAAAAAUAAUUCUAUCUGGUAUAGCAGAUCUCCUCAACCAAAACAGCUGCCAAGCUCUGGUGAUUCAUCCUCUUGUGGAAGUAUUAUCCUCUGCAGCAAUUCUAACGAUGUCAAAGAAUCAAAACUUUUCCAAACCUCCAGCCCAGUUUCUGUCCUUGAAAGUAGCAGUUCUUGCUUGACUGAAAUUCGAGCAUCCAUUAACCCUAAACUUGCCUUCCCAAUGACAGUGAAGCGCACUCGAAGCAAGCGUCGGCCCAUCUCAACUGUCAGGCCUCAGUUUGUGUUCCCUUUCAUCUCUCCUGCUUCCUCUGCUUCCGAGGAAUACAAUCCUGCAACUGCUUCUGACUCAGGGUCAGAAUCCAACUCUGAGAAGCCUUCCAGGAAAAAACAGAAAAGGAAAAAGAACCUUACAAUGCUCUCAUGUUCCAGGGAGAAUAAGAAACCUAAUUCUCAGCGAUCAGUUGCAAUUAGAAAAUGCACACAUUGUGAGGUAACAGAGACUCCACAAUGGAGGGAAGGUCCUUUGGGACCGAAGACCCUAUGUAAUGCAUGUGGGGUUCGUUACCGAUCUGGCCGCCUACUUCCUGAGUAUCGACCUGCUGCAAGUCCAACAUUUGUUCCAUCAUUGCACUCCAACUCUCACAAAAGGGUUCUGGAGAUGAGAAACAGGCAUUGGCAGUAGACCACUAUGUGUGACCAGCAAAUCAGGCUAGUAGAGGCAGUAGACCACUGGUUGUGAGGAACUGUGUAUGAGCAGAUACAUUAGAAAAUUCAUUUGGAUAGUUUCUUGUUUAAUUAUUUCUAGGACAGCAAGCUCAUGUUUCUGUUCUACUGUUUCUUAUGUUAUCCUAGUUGAUUUGUUUUGUAUAUUGAUUGGAAUAAGAGGUAGGAAGUAGUAGGGACUAGGAGUCUUUGGUGGUGAGCACAUGUUUGACAUUAGGUAAAAAAUGGCAAUAGAAUGUUUGAAUGAGGCAGAGAUUGAAAGUUAAUAUUAGUAGUGACUUCUUAAGCUUAAGCUCUCUAGUGGUGUCUGAUGUGCUUGUCCAAUUAGUUAACAGUGGACUGCAUUCUGAACAAACAAGAUGAUCAUUAGGUCCCUUAAAAGUGUACUCUUUUUUUUUUUAUUGUUUAUUCAAUUAUUCUUGCAUGCAAA